GAUUGAUCGAUGAGUUGCACUCAGAGUGGUGGAGACAAAACAAACACCAAGCAACUCUGAUACUCUUAUGCAUAUCUCCUCAACACUGGAGCUCUCUGGAUGCUGUGGAUCUCAACAAAGUCAUUACAAACUGUAGUUUCUACCUUAGAAUAAGCAACCUUGUCAGCAUCACCAGCAACCUCCGAAAACCUAUUGAUCAAAGGUCACAACUUUUCCAGCGCACAAAAUCGAAGCACCUGAUCCAUCAAUCGACAUCCUUCACUUUCAACUCCCCCAGUCCAGUAGUAUUCAUCACGCUUGCAGCCCAGUACAAGCUCCAACGAUUCAUUGCAGCUAUUUACCUCUAGAAUCUUACUAAAUCUCCUAUUCCACACCACCAGCUUUUCACAAUGGUUGAUCGAGGACAUUUGGACCAGCAAGUCAACAUCCGCUUCCAGGAGGAAGAAGGAAUUACAAUCAACGCCCCUGUCCGCCAGCGUUUCAUGCCACAUGGAUUUGAACCAACAGAAUGGUCCGUCAUCUGUGGACGUGGACGAGACUGCUAUGACCAUGCUGGAAACAGACGCCUGCGCGUAAUGGUAGAAGAGAACCUGGACAAGUACCAGGAAACUAAGAAUAAGUUUCAAAAGACCCUUAUCGUUACGUCAAUUAUCGACACCGUGAGAGAAGCCUGCAACAAUGGCGGUGCUUUCGUUCGUAAGGACACUAAGAAAGGUCGUUGGUUUGAGAUAGGAGACGAGGCCAGCCGUGAGAAGAUUGGCCAGAUGCUCCGCGAGGCACUCAUCCGCAAGUGCCCUCAGAAACUAGAAGCUAAGAAGCGCAAGCGCCGCGAGAAAACCAAGCGAUCCAGCUCGAGCACCGCAUCCAUCGGAUCCGCAGCUGCAAAGGUGCAAGAGUCUGUUUCCGCUUCGCUCGGCGAUCGAUCCAUGUCAGCUCCUGCUGCAAUGCCGCCUAUGACGCGCCACCAGCCAGCUAUGCAGCCAACUCCCCUACCAACAGGACCUUUGCCUACUGGUGUUGGACGAUUCCUCGAAGCGCAAGGUGUUAUUCCACACCAAAACGAUAGUCAGUACUACUUGCAGCUAGAACGGUUGCGAACGGCAAGCUUGUUUAACGCUGCUGAUCUGGAACCUACGGCAAUGCGUGAGCAAGUAUCCCAUGGCAGUCACAAUACCCAUCACUCCAGCGCCAAUAGUAGCUUUGCCGCUGCGCAAAAUGUAGCACGCGCUCCCCAGGUAGUCAACAACAUCCAGGUCAACAACUUCCACCAGAUGCAGCCAAACAACUAUGAAGACCUUCCUCCCAUGGUCUGGCCUUGGAUGGAACAAGACAACUAGACAGCAGGGGAUGACAUGUUGCCUUGCUGGGUUUGUGUUGUCUGUCCUGUACGUUUUCCCAACCUCCCUCUCGUCGUUCUCCCGUCUUUCCUCCGGUCCCUUUUCAAUUAUUAUCUCUCGAGUUACACCAAAGAUGCUGGUUGGGCUUGUAAAUACCAUGCUUUCAUAAUAAUAACGACGCACAUUCAACCACAUUCGAGUUUACACUUAACCACCUCCUUAGCCGUGCGCUUCUCCUCUUACUUUCUUCUUUCCCUCUUACCUUCUCCUCUCCCCACAACCGCACUCAUUGUUGUAGUUGGUUACUCGUUCGGUGCGAUAUUGUAGAUCUGCCAGGCCACCCAAACCCAGCUCCUGCAUCCGCCACCCUCUUCAGCAUCGUUCUUCCUCGAACCUGGUUCUGCUGCGCCUGUGGGAUCUAUCCUGUCGCCAAGCUGCCGCCCAGUGUACCCACACUCAACAACAAGUCCCAACUGUGGCACCAUUACCACCACCAUCUGCUCCUCCAACAAGACGAAUGGGGCAAGCUUGUAUGUUUCCUUGAUUCAGCUCGUCGAUUGCAGUUGGUUACUCGUUCAGCUCGUUGAUUGUUGGCUUUCCUCGCUGCAACGAUGUCUUCACUUGGUUUGCCUUGGCUUAUCCUGGUAUGCGGCCGAUAUCCCAAAUACCCCUCUCGCCAUGUUGCGUGCUGACUGAUCGGAAGGGUGUAAUCUCAACAGAAAAGUGACGCUUUGCUGGUUGAUCUGUGGCUUUUUGGUUUGAAACGAAAACUGGACAUCAUGUUAGAGCGUAGCAAGCAAGAAUGUUGUCAGAAAAUUCGUGGAUUUUUGCCGCCGGCAAAGUCGAAAGCACCACCAUUGCUGUUUCCCACCCCCUCGCGCCAUACCAAGAGACUAAUAAGCCGGGGCAUCGUCGAACUAGCUAGCUGGUACCAGUUGCUAGUAGCGAGCUUUUGUUUGACGGGAGGUGAAAGUGUGGAGGCUCGCAGAUUAAUGUAGUAAAAUAUCUAUCUAGACUACUGCUCCAAG